UCGCCUGGGUGGACAGUAUAGUUACUUCAACAUUAAAUGGAAUAAAAUGCCGCGGAUUCAUGUAAAUAGAGACGUCGCCUCAGCGUAAUUAAUUAUCGCUUCUUAAUUGAGACAAUACGGUUUCUAAAGCGCGUGGCGAAAGGCCUAUUUCUGGCUUUUAAUCAGCAAUAUUUCAGGGAACGGAGCGACCUCCACCUCACCACAGCAGCUGCAAGGAAGUUUGUCACUUUUUUGUUCCUUGAUGAACAAACACUGUACUGAGGACCUACAAGCCUCGACGCCACACAUCUCUGCAGCACCCACUCUUCACCCUCGCCCCCCCAUCAGUGAAAGGAGCCGACAACGUUGUCUCGCCACACCUGGGCAGAGAAAUGUGUGUGUGCGUGUAUCCUCGGAUGCAUGACUGUGUCUGAGAGUUUUUGUGCUGAAGUAAGAGGUUGUAGGCUGCACUUCCUCUCUCACCCUCUGAGAGGAGCUUCUCCACUUGACUGACCACAUUUGUCUCCACAACUGCAAAGCACCAUGGGUAGGAAAAAGAUUCAGAUCCAACGGAUCACCGAUGAAAGGAACAAGCAGGUGACAUUCACAAAGCGAAAGUUUGGCUUGAUGAAGAAAGCCUACGAGCUGAGUGUAUUGUGUGACUGCGAGAUUGCUCUGAUCAUCUUCAACCAUGCAAACAAGCUGUUCCAGUAUGCCAGUACUGACAUGGACAAGGUCCUGCUCAAAUACACAGAGUACAACGAGCCUCAUGAGAGCCGGACCAAUGCAGAUAUUAUUGAGACUUUGAGAAAGAAAGGCUUCAACGGUUGUGAUAGUCCAGAGCCGGACGGUGAAGACUCCAUUGACCAAAGUCCCCUAAAUGAUGACAAGUACCGUAAGACAACAGAGGAUCUGGACGUCCUCUUCAAACGCUACGGACAGUCGACAGCUCCGCCCCAGACUUUCUCGAUGCCAGUCACAGUCCAGUCGUCUAAUCAAAGCACAUUGCAGUUCAGUAACCCUGGCAACGCACUGGUAACUACCUCCUAUGUAACAUCAUCAUCGCUCACGGAUACCCACCUCCUGUCGCCACAGCAACCGGCUCUUCAGAGAAAUACCGUGUCUCCUGGGUUGCCACAGCGACCAGCCAGUGCAGGUGCUCUUCUUGGAGGCGAGCUGAAUAAUUCAAAUGGAGGAUGCCCAAGUCCAGUCCCUAAUGGAUACACCAGUGCCAGGGCCUCCCCAGGCCUCCUCACCGUUUCCAACGGCAACAGUCUGGGGAAAGUAGUUCCGGCCAAGUCUCCACCCCCACCUCCAAGCCCCCAGAUGGUCAACAGCCGCAAGCCAGACCUCAGAGUCAUCACCUCACAGGGCGGAAAGAGCCUCAUGCAGAUGAACGCCCAGCGGCUGGCAGCAGGAGCCCAGGUGGCACAAAGCCUCACCACACCGGUUGUCUCUGUAGCCACACCGAGCCUCCUGACACAAGGGCUGCCCUUCUCCGCCAUGACAGCGUACAACACAGAGUACCAGCUGACCAGUGCAGACAUCACUGCUUUACACGCUCUGGCGUCACCUGGUGGCUUGUUGCCAACCAGUGUGUCCACAUGGCAACAGCAGCAGGCUGUUUCCCAGCAACAACAACAUCAGCAGCAGCAGCAGCAACAACAGCAAGCACAGCAACAGCAGCAACAACAACAACAACAACAGCAGCAACAACAACAACUUAAUCUUGCAUCACUCAGCAACUUGGUCAUGUGGGGCGUGGACAAACAGAGCAGCGAGCUGUGUAGCCAGGUGUCCAGUCUGGCUGCCAACCUGAGUGUUUGCUCUCCGUCCAACCUGCUCUUGGGUAGAGAUGAGUGGUUGGGCCGGCCUGUGACCCAUAUACCUCAAGGCGCCAUGCUGACCGUCAACACAAACUCCAAUGUGAGCAUCAAGUCAGAGCCCGUCUCGCCCGGCCGGGAUCGCAGCACCCCAUGCCCUCCACCAUCUUCUACCACGCCGUCCUCGACCUCAGGGACAUCCAUCCUGACUGCACCGCCACAGUACCCUGGCUCCCUGCUGUGCCUGGAGCCCCCGACUGGCCGCUCGCCUGCUGACAGUGUGAGCAGCAAUGCCAGCUCCUUUGAAGGCAGCGAUCGUGAUGACACUGGUGCAGCCGGUGGCGGUGGUGGAGGCGGUGGUGGUGGUGGCGGUGGUGGCAGCGUGACUGGUGCUGCAGGAAGCGUCGGUCCCGGCAGCCGCCCUGACUUCAGCCCCUCGGCUGAGCUCCUCAGGGCGUCGAACGAACCAGAGCAGGAGGGAGGAAACAUCAAGCGCAUGAGAUUGGAUACCUGGGUCACAUAGAGCUGCCUGCCACACCUCUCUGCACCCACAGUGAAGUUUUGGUGACACUUACACACCCACAACACACACACUCAUUCUUAAACCCCCCACUGCCAUGUGACACUAUCAUUACACAUCUGUCUCUGUCCCAAAUUAUACAACUCAGCUGCGUCACCCAGACUUAAGAGGCUUUGCCAAAAAAACAUUUAAAAAAUAGACACAAAAAUCCUUUGGGGAUCACGCUCUGAGUGAGGAGAGGAUGACUUAGUGCUCAGCUGGAUAUUUUGUCCCGUGUAGAUCCUUGAAUAAAGGGACAGUCGAUUUUUAAAGCCUUCUUGCUUGAAUGAACUCCCGUACAGUAAUUUCUUUCGGUAGAAAUUAGGUGUUGAACCUUUUUUGCGAUCUGACAAAACCAUAGAAAACAUUUAUCUUUCACAUGGUUUCACCUUCAUGUAUUUACAUCCAGCUCUGCUGCAUCGUUCACAAUGUGGUUAGUGGCUUGUCCACAUCAUGGGACUUGUAUGACUCACCACUUUCUGCUCUUUGAAAUCCAACAUAGCUUGGAUUGUGUGCUCUCCAUUCUUCCACAAGUCACUUCUAAACUGCACUUUUGGAUAGAACUUAAUCUGGACAAGUUUGAGGACUGAGCAUCUAUCUGGCACUGAGCAAACCGACUCAAACAGGUUCUUCUAGGUUAAGAUACUUCACCAUCAAUGGUUCUUUCCGCUGCCACAUUUCCCAACCUCGUACACCCAGGCAGGCCUGAGCCUUCAGGUGGAGCCGAGAACCUUGCUAGAGUGCCAAUAUCAACAUCUGUACUACAACAAAUAAAAUGCCAAAUGCCUCUCACUCAGUGCAAGGACAAGGACGAAUUAUCACUCGCACUGUCACGGAAACAUGAACUAGAAACUGUUGAUUCUUUUCAAGCUUUUGAAUUCUCCGUCACUAUCCUCAGACGGGGUUGCUCCUUGCGUGCUCUCACCUCAUCUCAUCUCCUCUAGAACUCGAAUGGAAAUUGUUGUACCAGAAAUCCAGCCAGCCACUCAGCUUAUUACCAGGAGUAUGCCAUCCAGUUAAAUACAUUGUAUGAGUUUUUUAGCCUCUCUGGUGGCUUUUUUGCUUAGGGAAAGUAUUUGGUUUGUUUAGUCCAAUUGUUCUUUAUCUGUUGGUAUAUACAAAAAAAAAAAAAAAAACAGUUUUGAAGGUCCGUUGGUUGUCCAGAAGUAGGAAUUCUGACUUUGUAUAAAAAUCACUCCUAUACAAAAGCUUUGAUGUCCUCUUAAGCUCUCUAGCUUUCCUUAGCUCUUUGCCGUGUUUCAAAAAGUAAAAGGAAAAAGACAUUUUCUAUAUUUCUACCGCUUCAGUUGGCGACAAAGUAAAAUAGCUUUUCAGCUUCAACGACGUGUAUGUACAUAUGACUAUAUUUGCAUAGACUUUGCUAGGUAUCCCUAAAAACAAGCAAUGUGUUGAUUCUCAGUGGAUCUGUUUGCAUAUAUGAGUGUGAAUUUGAUAUGUUUCGAGCUACAGUGCAGGGGUUUUGCCACACUAGGUAGUGCUGGUGGAUCGGACUUGUUUCAGUAAACCUAUUUUAUGCUAGUGUUGAUGGUGUGUGCACUUUUUGUCUCACUCACAGAGCCUGCUUGGUUGUGGUGUCAUCAUAUUCUCCUACCACACAUUUUUUUUAAAACUCGAAAUCAAACCCACAAUAAAAUUGUCCAUUACCACUCAAUUAAGAAACUAUUAGGACACUGCCAUUCACUUAGUAUUAUAAUGAAGUAAAAUGCACUUCUGUGAUGCAUACUUUUUUCCACAUUAAGCAUACACAGGUUAUGGCUUUUUUCACUUUGAAAUUAAGUGCUGUGUUUGCUGUUUAAUUGUAUGUUUUCUAGUACGAAUUUGUUUAGUCUGAACCAUUUCAAGUUUGUGUGUAAGUGUACAAAGGCUGUUUAAAGCCUAAAAAUAGAAAGAUUCUCCUGAUUGCUUAACCUUUUUUUCCUUGAGACGAUGCUCAAAGUGCAGACUGACCUGUCGGCUGUUGUUUAUUGACUGUUUAUUAUAUAAAACAAUCAUACACUUUUAUGUCAGUGUAGGGGAAGACGACACAACGUCUUUUAUGAAUUGAUGCAGUUUGGUGUGAUUAGUAGCAAAGUGUGACACUAGUGUUUGACACUGACUUUGGGUUUGUGGCAAGUGUCCAAAAAAAACCAUCACCCUGCUGUGUGACAUUUUCACACUGGUGUUGUUGAUGUUUUCCAUGAUCAGGUAAUUUUCCAUCCCUCAUUCGACAGUGUGUUGGGUAGCUCUUCACUCUGCUUAUUUCAGGUUAAUAUUUUCUUUUCUUCAUUUAAUCAUCAAUAUAACAUCCAGCACUUUCAAUAAACUCAUGUUGGUGAAAAUUUGGCUGUUAAACUGUUAAAAUUGUUUUUCCACAUUUUGUGUACUGCUUUCUUACAGAUAGUUAGAUGAGAAGAUUUAUACUCACUCAUUGAUAUUUGUGUAGUAAAUCUGAAGCUAGAGCUGGUUAGUUAAGCAGUAAACUGGCAAACAGCAGGCCUGGCGCUGUCCAAAGGUAACAAAAAGGUAACUCGCUUUCCAGCACAUCUAAUGCCGCCUUUAUGUCAUAUCACCUAAACAGUGAUUAUGAACAACUUUAUCCAAAUUUGGCGGAAGAUUGAAAAGAUUUUCAAGAAAUUUGCAAAAGAAUAUGUAUAUUUGCAUUUCAGCCCACUACUGCAUGCUGUUUCCCACUUUUACAGUCCUUAUGCUAAGCUAAGCUAAUCAGCUGGGCCUCCCCGUUUAUCCGACAGAUAUUAGUGGUAUCAAACUUCUGAUCUAACUAUGCAAAAGUAAAUAAGUAUAUUUCCCAAAAUGUCGAACAAGUUCUUUUAACUCAGGAGUGGUACCCCCCCCACAUCAGGCAGAGCUAAUCAGUCAUUUCCAUUUUAACAUCAACUCAAUUUCAGUGGAAACUCUUUGUGUUUGUGGGCGCUGAUGGUUGACUGAAAUGUGACACCACACCGAUUGGCUUCCUGCCUCAUGCAGGUUUGUUGAUGUACAAAAAGGUUCUCUAUCCAAUCUUACUGUUUAGUCACAAGACAAUCUAUAUGAUAAAUUAAACACUGCACCCUUGUUACUUGUUGUGUACAAUGUUUUUUAGAAUCUCACUAUUUUUGGAUUAAUUUGUGCUGGUGACAGUUCCAUUGUCUAUUAUUAUGAUAUUAUUAUGGAGCUAUUAUUUUAAUGCUAUUUUGUGUAGAAUAGUUUUUAUUUUCUCUUAUUUUCUCUUUCUUAUCAUAAACAUAAUACUGGUUUCCUUUUUUCAAAACAACUUGCUGAAAAUUGCACGAUCAGUUAUUGUGAUAUUAGCAAAUGCAAUGAAGGAAAUACCAGUUAAAUGCUGCAGUUUUAAUUAAGAUAAAGAAUAUAUUUAUAAAAACGGGAAACAACUGAAAUUAGUAGUUCAUGAAAUUUGAAAAACAAUGUAAAUGCAUGGCAUACAGGUAACAAAACGUAUGUUACUCACAGUAAUGAUACAGGACAUGCAUCACAAAUGAGUUAUAAAACAACUCAGAAUAAUGUAGCAUAUGAAAUACUAAAGAUGAAAUUUAUAGCUAAUAUAUUGUGUUGAUCUAGUCUGCUUUUGGUUUUUGUUGUAAAGAAAAUAUUUCUUUUUGUUGUUUUUUGAGAAUGAUAUACAAUUUGUGUAUAUUUUCAUAUACAAAGUAUGCACUGAUAUGUUAUUGAAAUUCUAUACCGCUUUUACAAAAAGUGUUUGUUGUACCAAAGUAUCCAAGUCCCUUGAAACCUUACCCUUUUUGCGUAUGUUUUACCGUAUUUUAUAUAUUAAAUAGACAAACUGAGUGAAAUGAAUUGGAGUCUUUGGUUUUAUUUUAAUGUUUACUGUAUAUCAAACCUGAAAGUGCCUCUUAAAUAUUUCAUUAAGACUUAAGUCCUCAAUCAGGAACGUUUGAUUUGAAUUUGAAUAAAAAUGUAAGUUCAGAGGUGCGUUAGAAUUUUUUUCCUCUCAUGUAUAGCAUAUGUGUUUUGUUUUUUUCUGUUGAUCCUCACCUCAGCUCAUUUUCACAGUAACAAACAUGUUG